AUGCCUGCCGCCGGCCGUGCCCCCCGCCCGGGCUUGGCUGGGCUGCGCGCAGACGUCGGCGGCCGCGCACGGCAGGGAGCUGCGCCCCCGCGCAGGAUGCGCGCAGCCCCCGGCCGGGCCGCGGAACAAAGAGGAGCAGCCGCCGCCUGCCGCCGCCGCCUCCCGCAGCGGGAGGAGAAGCCGAAGGAGCCCCUGCCCAGGCUGAGAUCCGCGCCCGGAACAAUGGCUGCACUGCCAAGGCUGCUCGGUGCCUCUUCGGCCGCCUUGGUGCUCUGGGCUGGUUUUUGUUCUGCAGUAUGUGUUGAAGUCCCAUCAGAGACAGAGGCUGUCCAAGGGAAGGACAUGAAGCUGCUCUGCAUCUCCUGCAUGAAGAGGGAAGAGGUGACAGCCACCACGAUGGUGGAGUGGUACUACAAGCCGGAGGGUGGCAAAGAUGAACUUAUCUACAAGCACAAGAAUGCCAACCAGGAGCUGCCCAGCCGCUUCAGCGGGCGGCUGCAGUGGAACGGGAGCAAGGACAUGCAGGAUGUGUCCAUCACGGUGCUGAACGUCACCCUGAACGACUCGGGCACCUACACCUGCAACAUCACCAGGGAGUUCGAGUUCGAGAUCCACAGACCCCUCUUCACCAGCUCCAGGGUCAUCCACCUCACCGUGGUGGAGGAGGCUGGAGAAGACUUCACCUCGGUCAUCUCUGAAAUCAUGAUGUACAUUCUGCUGGUCUUCCUCACCUUGUGGCUGCUGAUAGAAAUGGUUUACUGCUACAGGAAGGUCUCCAAGGCAGAGGAGGCUGCCCAGGAGAAUGCGACAGACUACCUUGCAAUCCCAUCAGAGAACAAGGAAAACUGUGCUGUGCCAGUGGAGGAAUAG